UUCUGUGUCCGCUUUUCUCUCGAGCGGCGUUGUGAUCGAUGAGUGCUGAAUUCGUGCCGGCGUUGCGCUUAAACUCGCUGGAAAUUGGGAUGUGUGUGACUUGUGUGUGUCUACAGUUGUGGCUGAGAAUCGUGGAGGGUUGUGGUUUCGUCAAUAGAUUGUUGUGUGAUGCAUUUUCAGAAGCUCUGAUUCGAUUCUUAAACAUUUGGGUUCGUGUCGUUAGAUUGUAUUUCCCCUCACAUGCCAAGAGCGACUUCCUGAUUGAUAUUAGAUGGAUCAGUAUGCGUCUUGAAACUGGAAGUUAGCUAAAGCAGUGCGAAUUUUGGACGGGUGUAAGGGUUUGUGGCUGGGUUUUGUUCACAUCUGAAUGGAGAGUUUCGUGUGUAGGAUGUGAAGGUUGAAGCGGGUGACACAGUGGUGGGUCAUUGAGCAUCGUUGCUUGGAGAAUUGGACUAUUGUUUUUGGUGAAGGAUUGGAGAGCGAUCGUGUGGGCACAAUGGGUGAGCAGAAAGAAUUCGAUCCCCUGGCGGCGAAGAUUGCUCAGUGCCGGCCAUUUUUGCGAGAGGAUUACGAGUCGAUUGAUUCGCGCCUGCCAGGGCUUCUGAAAAUUCUGCACGCCCGAGGUGCUGGGGAGUGCUGGCACAAGCACGGGACAUUCUACGAGCAUUUGCUGCACACUUAUCGGAUUCUGAAGCUCUGGGGGUCGUCCGAUACGGUUGCCCUCUUUGGACUUUUCCACUCCUCUUACUCAAACUCGUACGUGAACCUUGCCAUCUUCGCACCCGACGUCGAUCGCAGCGUUCUGCGUGGCCUCAUUGGUGACGAGGCCGAGGAGCUAGUGCACAUUUUUUGCGUCAUCCCUCGCCAGGAGCUUAUCUUUGAUCGCCUCCUCCAUACCAUCACCGAUGACGACCUCAUCGCCAGUUUAAAGCAGUACCAGGGCACCAAAGUGGGUGAGUCUGAGGCGAACGCGAAAGGGGGGCAUGACAAGAGGAGAUUGUUUGUCCCAAAGGAGGGGAUGGUGGUGAAACACAUUCGCACCGGGGAGGAUAUAUUUCUUCCUCGCCGUCUCGUUGCUCUUUUUGUGCUUCUCACCAUGGCUGACUUCGUCGACCAGUUCUAUGGCUGGCAGGACCAGCUGUUUAGAAACGAUGAUGGUGAAUUCCGGUACUCUGGAAACGACUGGCAUGCUCUCUGGCCAGGAAAUUGCAAGCCCGGCCUCUGGAUCUCCAUCGCCUCACGCAUGGGCGUGCUGCUUAACAUACUCCUCUUGGAGGACGCCGCCGAACAGGCCGAAUUGCACUCUGUCCCCAACGGCUUGCCGGAGCGGCCGUUUGGUACCCUGGAGAUCUCCCUCCCACCAAUCUUCAACAUGUGCACCGAAAUCCUGCCUCCUGUGAAUCAGAACCGAUCUCUUGAACAGUACUGGGAAGCCGUCAAUAUCGAAGGGCGGGACCGUCUUGUGAACACAGCCGUUCCGCUGCUGCAAAGCUGCUGCAAGCUCAACCCUUUUGUUGCCGAGCCCCACCUUCUUUUGGCACAAAUCCUUCUCGGAGAGGGACAGUACGAGCUUGCAGAGACCGAAGCGGACGAGGGCGUGCGUCUCCUGUUGGAUUGGGCCACGAACUGGGACAAACGCAUGACAUGGGAAGGAUGGCUGGCAUGGGGCCGAGUGCUGCGAGAGAAUGCUCAUGAGAAGUCCUGGCCUCGGAGCGCCUUCGGCGUCCUCAGCCUUGGCCUGGUGAAGUGAGAGCUUCAUCACCAUCGUAAAUCAUCUGUCUGCGUCCUUACACAUGCUUAUCAAUGUUUACUAAUUUCACGUACAUAAACAUGUAGAUACCGUAUGUCCAAUCAGAUUGUUGGAUUAAGAUUCUACUCACAGCAGCUUCUUGUGAAUGAACCCAGAGUCCUAAAACAAUCUUCCUCCUCAAGUAUUGGACUAAGAUGGACGGGUUGUCUUUCAGUGGUCUAGAGCAACAUACAUGUGAAACGGCAAAUCGGACUGUUAGUAUAUAUCUACACAUAUAUACACACAUAUUUUGUGAUUGUGUUGCCUGAUUCCUGUUCCGGUGCUUGUGUCCGUUGAGGUAGUAGUACCCUGCUAGAUACCAGAUGCUUUGUGUGACAAUAGCAAAAAACCUCAUUUAUAUUUCAUCGUCCGAUGGUUUCUGCCAUGCCAAGUGUGACCUCUGAGAUCCCAUUAUUUUAACCCCAUGGUUACUGCUCAUGGUUAAGGAAGCUCGUGAUCCUUAUCAGCUAUGCUCACGAAUUCCAUGAUGUGGUACACCCUUAUUUAUUAUGUCCUCAUCAAAGUUAAAAUUCAGUUAA